CGUCGCCGAUUGACGCCGAAGUUAGGCUGGUUGCCUCUCAAUAAUUUGCAAUUGUUCAUGAUGCGAAUUGUCAACUUUAGCGAAGAAUUCAACCCUGAGAUAGAGGAGGAAUUAUUGAAAUCUGUUAAAUUCAUUAUCGAUACCGAUAGAGCCUUCCUUGGGGAUUUCCUUCAACAAAGACAAUAUUUAGCUAAAAAUCGAAUGAAAACUGUUCUGGUGGCUUCAAGGGAGAAAACAGCAAAGGAGAACCAAUCCCACAUUGCAUGUGAAAUCAUAUUUGUGCAGUACUUUGCUGGCGGAAACUAUGGCUUCGUAAAGUUUAUUUCUACAGCUGAGCGAUUCAACGAACUCGAAGAAUUGAAUCAUACCAGACUGCAGUUAGUAAACGAGGCCAUUUCAGUGGUAAAUAAGUAUGCUCAACGGUGUGGUUUUGAUAAAUGCAAGGAAAUCUUCAGUGUGAUUAAAAAGAAGCAUAAUUCUAAACCUACCAACAAGUGUGCAGAAUCAGGUCUUUGCAAGUCUCUCUACAUAGCAGGAUUUCGCUGGAUAGAGGCUGAUCUUAUUUCUUCUGAUGUUGGAAGUCAGUGGACUUGUUUGAUUAUUUACAGGCCAAAUUUAGUUCCUAACUACCAGGUUGAAAAUGGUAUCAAAUGGGGCUACAUUGCAACAUCUUCACUACUAAACUUUUGUGAAGAUAUUGUCACUAUUUUGAAUUCAUCCGAUUAUGGAAAACAAACUAUGAGGCAAGUAAAAGCCUUGAUGAAUAAUUUUGAAGAAAGUUCAAGGCUGGAUUUAAAUAUUGUCCAACCCUCAUUUCCUUGGAAUGGAAGAGUAGGACCUUCUCCUGCAAAUCAGGUUGUGGUUGUUGGUGGAGGGCUGGCCGGGCUUUCUGCAGCAGCUUCUUUGUCUAAGGCUGGUAUUCCUGUUGUCCUUUUGGAGGCAUCCAAUUAUCUAGGUGGAAGAGUGAAGCAAGUUCAGCCAUUUGAAGGGUUUGCUCCAAUUGAUCUUGGUGGAGAGUUUAUCCAUGGAUCUAACACUGUGGUGAACAAGAUUGCUUGUGACAGUGGAUGGGUUGUUCUGCCAGCCUCUCAAUGUGAAGCUGGGGAAGAAGGAGAAAAAUUAUUCUACAAAGGAAAACUCUACUCGACGAACAGUAAUCAACGGGAAAUCAGACUUGCUCGAGAAGCGUGGGCCGAAUUGAUCAACAGCAAAUACAGAAAUCAAGAAACGGAAACGGAAUAUUUGUCUGAUUCUGUGAAGGUGAGACUUGAAGAGAAAGGCUUGUCACGUGACGUGUUGGAUGUAAUUGAUUGGUGGAAGAUGAAGAUAUCUGCAGGAUCCUUGGAUCACUAUGGAGUGCGGGAAGGGCGGAGGAGAAUGGAGUCCAAAUAUGAGUGGGGAAUUGAAGAUUGCAGACUCGCGGAAUCUUACUCACAGCUGGUGAAGUACUACUUGGCUAACAGUAUGGAUGUGGAUAAGCGUCUUAACUGGCAGGUUAAGGAAGUUGUUUGGAAAGGAGACAGGGUGAGAUCCAACAACAGUGGACGAAUUCUUCUGAAAAAUCAACAUGGCCAGGAGAUGACCGCCAAGCACGUGAUCAUUACUGUACCACUAACAGUCCUCAAAGAUGGCGACAUAACCUUCACUCCAGCACUUCCCGCUGACAAGAACAAGGCCAUACGCACGAUACAGAUGCUGGGCGCGUGGAAAAUCGCUUGUCGUUUCAAACGCCGCUUCUGGCCGGAGAAGCUGCAUCAAAUUUACAGCGUUCGUGGGUUCGCUAGUGAGAUAUGGACUUGCUCACAUGAUUGUCCCGACAGUGACGAAAAAUGUCACGUGGUUGUCGGGUUUGAAACUGCCGAGCCCGCGGAAGAGAAACGGUAUCUCAGCGGACAGGAAGUGUUGAGAGGAUUUUUGAGUCAUCUGGAUGAGAUAUUUGGCACUUCCUCGGACCCAAGCCCUGCCAGCAAUUCGUUCAUGGACUUCGUGUACUUCCAUUGGUCAAACCAUCCUUACAUUCGCGGGGGAUAUACCUCACCCACUGCGCAUGCUUACGAAUUCCGUCGCGUGCUCGCCAGCCCUGUUGACGAUCGCUUGUUCUUUGCGGGUGAAGCCACUAGUUCAAGGUCAUGUUCGACUGUACCUACUGCGAUUGAAACUGGGACACGCGCGGCAGAUGAAGUUUGUUGUGCGGCUGGAAUUCACCCUCUUGCGAAACUUUAA